CUGGCUGGUCUCCUGCUCAGUGGUGACGCUGAGCGGGACCGUAAAGACUGGGGCGAGUUGAGCGCCAGGUGAGUGAAUCCGGAGUUCUCAUGUGGGAUGUAUCUGACAUAUGCAGGCUUCCAUUCAUUGACGACAAUGACUGCGGUCUUGGAAUCGCUGUGCGCACCUACCUGGACGACCUGCCCCUGCAAGCCGAUCCCACAUCGCCCGAAGCUCGGGCAGAGGUCAAGGCCAAGGGCAAGGAAUGGUUCCAACAUAGCGACAGUUUUACCGGCAACCUCGACAUGGCAUUCAAGCUCUGGGAUGCGGUAGGUGACUCCAGCGGAGAUGCGUUGACUACAUAUUGAUUGUUGUAUAGGUCUACCGCGCAUCGCAAAACGCAGGACGGGAGUUUAAGGACGGCAACAAAUGGGAAGAGGCAAACCGCUGGCUCGCCGAGCGACGGUGACGAAUCAAUGGAGAUGCG